CCGCGCAAAGGUCCCGGCAGGGCAGCGGCCGACCGACGAGAGUUUCCCCCAGCUUCCAAGCGGGACGGCGGGUGGCAGAAACGUCAAGAGGCAUCUUCGCGACGUCCUGAAGUACUUCUAGGCUGCAGAAUCAGCCUCAAAGGCACUAUGGAAUUACUUCUCCGAUUAGCUUGGCUCCUCCUAAGGAUAUAGAUUGCAUUCAUACUCAGAAGCUGGUUGAAGCAAUGAAGCCAUUUGGGGUAUUUGAAGAUGAGGAAGAACUGAAUCACAGGCUGGUUGUUCUUAGUAAACUGAAUAACUUGGUCAAAGAAUGGAUUUCAGAACUUGGUGAGAGCAAGAAUCUUCCCCCAUCAGCAGUAGCAAAUGUUGGUGGCAAAAUAUUUACAUUUGGUUCUUACAGGCUUGGAGUACACACUAAAGGUGCUGACAUAGAUGCUGUUUGUGUUGCUCCUAGACAUGUAGAAAGAUCGGAUUUUUUUCAGUCAUUCUUUGAAAAACUAAAACAUCAGGAGGAAAUAAAAAAUCUAAGAGCAGUUGAAGAUGCGUAUGUACCAGUUGUCAAAUUUGAGUUUGAUGGCAUUGAGAUUGAUCUCGUGUUUGCAAGAUUGUCUAUGCAAACUGUUUCUGAUAAUCUUGAUCUCGGAGAUGACUCGCGUCUGAGAAGCCUGGAUAUAAGGUGUAUACGGAGCUUAAAUGGGUGCCGAGUUACUGAUGAAAUACUACAUCUAGUGCCAAAUAAAGAGAACUUCCGGCUCACGCUCCGUGCAAUUAAACUGUGGGCAAAACGACGUGGCAUUUACUCCAACAUGCUGGGAUUUCUUGGUGGGGUUUCCUGGGCCAUGCUAGUAGCAAGAACAUGUCAACUCUAUCCAAAUGCUUUGGCUUCUACUCUUGUUAACAAGUUCUUCUUGGUUUUUUCAAAAUGGGAAUGGCCAAAUCCUGUAUUGCUGAAACAACCCGAAGAGAGCAAUCUUAAUUUACCAGUAUGGGACCCUAGGGUGAACCCAUCAGACCGAUAUCAUGUAAUGCCUAUCAUCACCCCAGCCUAUCCCCAGCAGAACUCUACAUACAAUGUAUCUACAUCAACACGAGCGGUAAUGGUAGAGGAGUUCAAACAUGGUCUUGCGGUUACAAAUGAGAUUCUCCAAGGGAAAUCAGACUGGUCAAAGCUCUUUGAACCACUGAACUUCUUUCAGAAGUACAAACAUUAUAUUGUGCUGACUGCUAGUGCCUCUACUGAAGAGCAUCACUUAGAGUGGAUUGGCCUUGUUGAAUCUAAAAUUCGUGUGCUGGUUGGAAACUUGGAGAGGAAUGAAUUUAUAACUAUUGCACAUGUAAAGCCACAGUCUUUCCCUGGCAACCAAGAGCUCCGUAAACAGAGUGGAUAUGUGUCAAUGUGGUUUCUUGGAAUCGUAUUCAGGAAAGUGGAAAAUGCAGAAAGUGUUAACAUUGAUUUAACGUAUGUUAUACAGUCGUUCACAGAUACAGUUUACAGGCAGGCUAACAACCUCAAUGUGCUAAAGGAAGGUAUGAAGAUUGAGGCAGCUCAUGUGAAGAGAAAGCAUCUCCACUAUUUUUUGCCUGCAGAAACCUUACAGAAAAGAAAGAAGCAAAGCAUGCCAGAUAUUAGUCAAAAUGCUAGUGGGCUUCAGUGCAAAAGGACUUCUUCAGAUGGAAGCUGUUUGGACAGUUCCAGAGACACGGACUCCAGGAUACAAUAUAAUUCCUCUUCAUUAAAUAAGAUAUCUAAAUUGGACACCUCUACAGCAGAGACAGAAAGAAAUGCUGUAUAUCGGAGAUCUAGUGGUGCUAACAAUAGAGAUAAGAUACCUCAUGUAGCUGUGCCAUCAGUGUCUAAGGGACUCUCCAUUCCUGUUAUUGAUUCAAAAAUGGAGGCUGCAGUUGCAAUAAGAACAUCGGGACCUCCAGUUGGUUGCACCAUUCCAGGACAUAACACAAUUUCUCAACUCAGAGCACAUUUUGUCCAAGGACAGCGUGAAUUAAGUGGGACUCCAAUUACAGAUCCUAAGAAUGCUCUACCUAAACGACCUCAUUCACUUACCACUAAAGGACCUCAUUUACCUGCAUCAGAAGAAUGCCCCAAUAAAACAGUAGACGGAGAAAAGUUAACUGGCCAGGAUUCAGCAUUCAAAGAUGGUGGCAAUCCAGAUGUCAGGAGCAGAUCUACAGAAAAUGGUGUCCUUGGAGGAAAAUCCAUGCUGAUUCCAAUUAUCAACACAUCAAGAUCACAGAGGCUUUCCAGUAAAGAACUACCAGAUUCUUCAUCUCCUGUUCCAACAAAUAGUAUUCGUAUUAUUAAAAGAUCCAUCAAACUGACCCUUAAUGGGUAACCAGUAUCUCUUCAGGUAAAGAUGAUAAUCACUUGUUUUGUGGUCCAUAUUAUCAAUGUGUGUUGUAGUUACUAACAAAGUAUGGAAGGUUACUGUUGCCAUACUGCAACUGGCCAGUUAAAACCCAUGGUCUUAUUUUAUAGUAUUGUUAGAUGCUUGCUUCCUUUUGAAUUACUCUUUGCAUAUUCUUGUAACAGUUAUCCUUAUUAGUCUUUUUAAAAGUCUUAACUGUCACGAGCUGAAACAGCUUUUGAAAAAAGCCACAAAAAACAACCUGUCCUGUGACUUGGAUUCAGAAUGUAUGUAAACAGGGUUAACUAGUCACUGCAACCACAUUCUGGUUUCAAGUGUGUAUGAACAUGCUUGUAUUCGUUUGUGCUUUCCUAGUUCAUGUGCAAAUAUUGUUCUUAAAUUAUUUUCCCAUUUGGCACAUACACUCCUGUGCAUCUGUCACGAUGGUGCUCAGCUUCCUCAGCUCAGUAGCUUUCCACUGCCUAACACAGCCGUGCACGACACAAGUAUUGCCUCCCAUGGAGGCCCGUAAAUAAUUUAAAUAUUGAAGGAAAUGCAGCAGAGGAUGCUACCAAGGUAUGGAGAUGAUAGACAUGUCCCAUGCCAUGUUAUCUGAUUUUUGUCUCAAGACCGCUCCAGCAUGAGACUUGAGGGUUUUUGUUGUCACUGGGUAGUAAAGCUAAACUCGGAACACACAGCUGAAGAUGUACUUAAACGUUGCAAUAGCUGAGGCUGCUGUGACACUACUACCCACCUGCAAGCUACAGUCUUGAAAGCAACUGGCAUGCAGAAAGUGGUUUUAGAUAAACCCUGAAAGCUGUUCUAAAUGGUUACAUGAAAACUUGUAGUAGUCUUAAGUCCUGGUUCUGCAAACUGAUAACACUGCUUACCCAGUUAAGUGCAUUAGGGUUUUUUGAGGGGUGGGGAGAAAUUCUGAUCAUAUGAAACAAAUGUUAUGCUAUCUCUCUAUUGUAAUUUUGAUGUUUUUGUAAAUUAAGUUGUAUGUUUUUUCCAGAGUAUUUUUGUAUGUACUGUAAAAUACUAUCUUCCAAAGAGAAAUUUAAAA